CUGCCUGCUGCGGUCACACUGUUUGGCGGUCUUUCUUGUUUACUGCAUUUCAUCUUCCAACGAAAUUAGCAAAUUUUCUUUACCUCGCCAAAAAUCAACCCAAUUAACUGCAUCAAGAUGAUGGAACCCUUUGAUCCCCGCUCAAUCAUCAAUGGCGGCAUGCUGAAGCAGUUCUCCGGCCAGACGGUGAGCAUAAUGGUGUGCGUGGAGAGCGUGGCUGGGACCACUUUGCUGGCCAGCUCCACGGACAAGCACAAGCUGCGCAUCAAUCUGCCGGGCGAACUGGGCGCCGCCGAAGGAGCCUGGGUGGAGGUCAUUGGAGUGCCGCAUGGCGCCGACUCCCUCAGGGCCAAAGAGGUUAUCGAGUUUGGCGGCGAGAACAUCGAUUUCGAUACGGAUGGCUACAAUGGAAUGGCCCACCUCAUCAACAAUGUGAAGGCCUUCUAUCGCAGUGGUUAAGAGAGAUUUCUCCUGUACUUUAGGCUUAGGAACUAGGCUAUUAUUAUUGUAACUACCUUUUUUUUUUUGCUUUUGCCUCUUGAAAAAUCAGUCUGCGAACUGAAAACCAAGGUUUUUGGGCUGUUAAAAAUGUUAAUUAAUAUGAAAAUGAAUCAGAAACUGUGAACUUUCAUGCUAAAGUACCAGAAAGUCCCCCCAAAACUCAUCUUAAAAUCUUAAUAAACCCAAAACUUUAGCACA